AUGGACUCUGAUCCAGAUGGGAAGAAGAGGAGAAGAGUCUCCAAAGUGGGCGUGUCUUCAUCUGAAUCUCACAGAUGGACAGCAGAGGAAGCAGAGGUCCAUGAGAAAUUCCGAUCCACACUGAGGAGCAAGUUUCAGCAUCUGGUUGAGGGAAUACCUAAUCAGGGAGAAGCCAGACUCCUCCAGGAGAUCUACACAGAUCUCUACAUCACAGGGGGAGGGGGAGGGGUCAAUGAUGAACAUGAGGUCAGACAGAUAGAGAGAGCAUCUUGGAGAGAAGCAGCACUAAGUAGACCAAUCAAAUGCAGUGACAUCUUUAAACCCUUAUCUGAUCACAUACAUCACAAACCCAUCAGAACAGUGCUGACAAAAGGAGUGGCUGGUAUUGGGAAAACAGUCUCUGUGCAGAAGUUCAUAUUGGACUGGACUGAAGGAAAAACCAAUCAGGAUGUCCUCUUCAUAUUUCCUCUUCCGUUCCGAGAGCUGAACCUGAUGAAGGACAAGAAACUCAGUCUGGUGGAGCUUCUUCAGCACUUUUUCCCAGAGAUAAAAGAUUCAGAAAUCUUCACCAGCUCAGAGCAAAGGGUCAUGUUCAUCUUUGAUGGUCUGGAUGAGUGUCGACUUCCUCUAGAUUUCCACUCCAACCUGACCUGUAGUGAUGUGACAAAGCCAGCCUCAGUGGACGUGCUGCUGACAAACCUCAUCAAGAGAAAUCUGCUUCCCUCUGCUCUCCUCUGGAUCACCACCCGACCAGCAGCAGCCAGUCAGAUCCCUCCUAAAUAUGUGGACCAGGUGACAGAAAUCAGGGGAUUCAAUGAGCCACAGAAAGAAGAGUACUUCAGGAAGAGAGUCAGUGAUGAGAACCUGGCCAGCAGAACCAUCACACACCUGAAGUCAUCCAGGAGCCUCUUCAUAAUGUGCCACAUUCCAGUCUUCUGCUGGAUUUCAGCCACUGUGGUAGAGAGAACAUCAUCUGAUUCAGAAAAAGUAGAAAUGCCAAGAACUCUCACUCAAAUGUACACUCACUUCCUGAUCAUUCAGACAAGCAUAAAACAUGUCAAGUACACAGAGAGAAAAGAGACAGAUGAAGAGAUAGUUUUCAAACUGGGGCAACUGGCUUUCCAGCAUCUGGAGAAGGGCAAUCUGAUCUUCUAUGAAGAAGACCUGAGAGAAUGUGGCAUUGAUGUCGCAGAAGCAUCAGUGUACUCAGGAGUGUGUACUCAGAUCUUCAGAGAGGAGUCUGGGCUGUACCAGGGGAAGGUGUUCAGCUUUGUGCAUCUGAGCAUUCAAGAGUUCCUUGCAGCUGUUUAUGUGUUCCUCUGCUUCAGAAACAAAAGCAUGUCUGACCAACAACAAACCUCCCAGCUCUCUGCUUUGUUUAGAGCUGGGACAUUGCAUGACCUACACAAGACUGCAGUGGACCUGGCCUUACAGAGUGAGAACGGACAUCUGGACCUUUUCCUCCGCUUCCUUUUGGGCCUCUCACUGGAGUCCAAUCAGGAACUCUUAAUGUGUCUUUUGCCACAGACAAGAAGUCAAUCACAGAGCUCAGAGCAAACAGUCCAGUAUAUCAAGCAGAAGAUCAGAAAUCAACGUAAAUCAGAUAGAAAGAUUAACCUGUUCUACUGUCUGAAUGAGCUGAAUCGUCAUGCUGUAGUGGAGGUGAUUGACAGGAGCUCUGGAACUCUGUCUGUAGAAACACUCUUACCAGGAGAGUGGGAGACUAGGAGAUUUGAGUUUAAGAUUCCAGUGGAGCAGCUGGAUGAGUUUGACCUGCAGAAGUACAUAAAGACACCAGAGACUGAUCAGACUGAGCUCCUCAGUCCAGAUGACGUUCUGCAGAGGCUGGUUCCAGUGGUCACAGCAUCCACAUCAGCUGAGUGA